CACCGUCCGACCUACCAGCACACCAGUCUUUGCGACAUCAUCGCAAGGUCCGAGCGGAAGGAACGACGUUUCUACUGCCUACUGUCUGCUCCGAGUCCCACCUACGACGGGCAUUACUGUACACUUGGCAACAGCGUCAAGACCCCAGUUCUACAGCAGUGCAAUUGUCAUCGAACUAAGGCCCCAAGUCUUUUCUGACCCAAGGCCUUGAGUUCAGUUUCGACGACCUCUUUCCUUCCUCACACCACCUCACCAUGUCUCGAUCCAACCCGCCCAACCCUGCGGGGUCCCGGAAGAUCUCCUUCAAUGUCAGCGAGCAGUACGAUAUUCAGGAUGUCGUCGGCGAGGGAGCGUACGGUGUUGUCUGUUCGGCAAUACAUAAGCCCUCGGGCCAAAAAGUUGCCAUCAAGAAGAUCACCCCCUUCGACCACUCCAUGUUCUGUUUAAGAACACUGCGAGAAAUGAAGCUUCUUCGAUACUUCAACCACGAGAACAUCAUCUCGAUCCUCGACAUCCAGAAGCCCCGCAACUACGAGACAUUCCAGGAAGUCUACUUGAUCCAGGAACUGAUGGAGACGGAUAUGCACCGUGUCAUUCGUACCCAGGAUCUUUCCGACGACCACUGCCAAUACUUCAUCUACCAGACCCUCCGCGCGCUCAAGGCCAUGCACUCGGCAAACGUGCUGCACCGAGAUCUGAAGCCCAGCAAUCUGCUGCUGAACGCUAACUGCGAUCUCAAAGUGUGCGAUUUCGGUCUGGCACGUUCUGCCGCCUCACAGGAGGAUAACUCGGGUUUCAUGACGGAAUACGUGGCAACGCGUUGGUACCGUGCGCCUGAGAUCAUGUUGACCUUCAAGGAAUACACUAAGGCUAUUGACGUCUGGUCUGUGGGUUGUAUCUUGGCCGAGAUGCUCAGCGGCAAGCCCCUGUUCCCCGGAAAGGACUACCACCACCAACUGACCCUCAUCCUGGACGUUCUGGGCACGCCGACCAUGGAGGACUACUACGGAAUUAAGUCGCGUCGAGCUCGCGAAUACAUCCGAUCCCUGCCCUUCAAAAAGAAGGUGCCGUUCCGAACCCUGUUCCCCAAGACGUCCGAUUUGGCAUUGGAUCUUCUCGAGAAGCUGCUUGCCUUCAACCCCGUCAAGCGUAUUACAGUGGAGGAAGCGCUCAAGCACCCCUACCUGGAGCCGUACCACGACCCCGAAGACGAGCCGACGGCACCGCCGAUUCCCGAGGAGUUCUUCGACUUUGACAAGCACAAGGACAAUCUGAGCAAGGAGCAGCUCAAGCAGCUUAUCUACCAAGAGAUCAUGCGGUAGGACGUACGUGAGCUCGAGUUAAGUGU